GAAACCUUACCAUGAACAAACUCAGCUGUGUCUUUAUCCUGCUUUUCCAUUUCUGGGUUAACACAUUCACGAUCACAGUUUCUGGGGCAGAAGAAGCAAAACCAGAUAAAUGUGAAUUCAAUGCCCUCUCUUGCCACAAAAUCUUCUGUGCUCCAUGGCAGAAGUGUUUGGCCGGGGUAUGUCGCUGCAAGCUACCAUACCAGUGCCCAAAAAAUGCAACCACGGAGGUCUGCACAGUAGGGAAAAGGAAACUGCAAUCCUACUGCCAGCUAAAAAGUGUUGAAUGUCCAAAUCCUUUAAAUGGCAAAUACAGAUUUUCUUCAGAAGCUCCUUGUACUGAUGCAUUUUCAAUAAGACUCAUUGGAGAAGCAGGGAAAGGAAUUAUAAAAGUGAAAUUGCCUACAUUUGAAAAGGAAUUUUUUAUAUGUAAAAAACAAUGGAGUAUCAGGGAAGCCAAUGUUUUCUGCAAACAGCUUGGAUUUCCAAGCGGCGCAGAUGCAUCAGCAUCAGACAAAGUUGUCCCUUUAAUAACAGAGGAGUCCCCAGAAGAACAUUGCUUGCAAGCUACUUGUCGAGGACUAGAGAACAGCUUGGCCGAAUGUGCUCUAAAGAAGUUACCGAUGGAAGGUAACCAGGUUGCUGAAGUAAAGUGUUAUACAGAAAAAAAAGAUUGUGGUUCUGGUGAGUUUACAUGUUCAAAUGGCAAGUGCAUCCCAUCUGAUCUGGCCUGUGAUAGUGAAAAUGAUUGUGGGGAUCUCAGUGAUGAACUAUGCUGCAGAGGUUGCACUGCUGGCUUCCAUUGUAAAUCUGAUACCUGCAUCCCAGAGCAAUAUAGGUGCAAUGGAGAACUUGAUUGCAUUGGUGGAGAAGAUGAAUCAAAUUGUGCAGUAAAACAAGAACAAAAAUCAGAAAAACAAGAGGAAGUAAAACAAGAACAAAGAUCAGAAAAACAAGAGGAAGGUGUAAAUCAAGAAUUAAAGGCAACUCAAGAGGAAGAAAGGAGGCUCUUGAUGAAAAGUCUUCCAGAAUUAAGCUGCGGGGUUCCACCAGUCACUUCAACAUUAACUAGAAAGAAAAGAGUUAUAGGCGGAACAAAUGCUGUAAAGAAUCAAUUUCCAUGGCAAGUAGCAAUCAAAGAUGGCACAUCUGUAAACUGUGGAGGGAUUUAUAUUGGAGGCUGCUGGGUAUUGACAGCAGCUCACUGUGUCAGGGCUAACCAACCUCAAAGAUAUCUCAUCAUACUUGAACUGCUGGACCGUCUGUCUUAUGACAAAGACAUAGACAGUUUCCCAGUUAAAAGUGUCCUAGUUCAUGAGUCCUACAACCCCAACACAUAUGAAAAUGACAUUGCCUUGUUGGAAGUAAAGAACAUAUAUAAUAAUCCCAAGUGCAUGCAGACUGACAACAACAUGGUUCCUGCCUGCGUCCCAUGGUCACCCUUUCAGUUUAGGACGGGGGACACGUGCACAGUCUCCGGAUGGGGACGGGAAAAAGGAAUGUCCAGAGUGUUUCACUUAAAAUGGGGCCAUAUUAACCUAAUGAAUAAUUGUACAGAAGUUUAUAAGGAGCGUUUCCUUGACAAAAUGGAGUGUGCAGGCACUUAUGAUGGCUCCAUUGAUGCCUGCAAGGGUGACUCUGGGGGGCCCUUGGUGUGCUAUGAUGUUAACAAGGUUGCCUAUGUUUGGGGCAUUGUAAGCUGGGGAGAAAACUGCGGAGUUCCUGGUUUCCCUGGUGUAUACACUAAAGUUGCUCAUUACUUUGAAUGGAUAUCACGUCAUGUUGGAAGAUCCCUUAUCUCAAAGUAUAAUGUCUAAGAUAUUAUCAUCAUUAUUUGCUACUAUGCACUGUAAAAAUUGAUUUAAGCAUUACCAUGUAGUAUUUUUGAAUGUACAUGCGAAGAAUAAAAAUCUUUUUCUGUUUCAUA